CGCGCGCCACACUCCCUGCUCCCCCGCCGGGGAAGAGAAGUCCGGUACCGGGGCGGCGGCUCGGGCAUACCCGGCCGACCGCGGAAGAGAGCAGCUGAGCAGGCAUGGAACAUCGCGGGCUGGGGUGGCCGAGGCUCCCCAGGCUGCUGGAGCUGCUGGCGGCGCUGGCGGUGCAGGCAUUGCGCGCCUCCGCCAUCGCCGCCGCCUCGCCGGACCUGCGUCUUUGGCCCAUGCCUCUCUCCGUGCAGACCACCCCGCGCGUGCUGCACCUCUCUCCCGACAACUUCGUCUUCAGCCACAGCCCCACUUCCAAGGCCGGCCCCUCCUGCUCACUGCUGCAGGAGGCGUUUCGGCGAUAUUAUGACUAUAUUUUUGGUUUCUACAAGUGGCAUCAUGGCUCUGCUGAUCUUCGUGUUGGAGUGGAGUUGAAGCAACUUCAAGUCUCAGUUGUCCUGGACCCAGAGUGUGACACCUUCCCCAAGAUCUCUUCGGAUGAGUCCUAUACUUUACUUGUGAGAGGACCAGUGGCCUCGCUCACUGCCAACAGAGUUUGGGGAGUAUUACGAGGUUUAGAGACCUUUAGCCAGUUAAUUUAUCAAGAUUUUUAUGGAACUUUCACUGUCAAUGAAUCCAACAUUGUAGAUUCUCCAAGGUUUCCUCAUAGAGGAAUUUUAAUUGAUACAUCCAGACACUUUCUGUCCGUUAAGAGUAUUUUUAAAACUCUGGAUGCCAUGGCUUUUAAUAAGUUUAAUGUUCUCCACUGGCACAUAGUAGAUGACCCAUCUUUCCCUUAUCAGAGCGUCACUUUUCCUGGAUUAAGCAAAAAAGGAAGCUAUUCUUCGUCUCAUGUUUAUACUCCAAACGAUGUCCGUAUGGUGAUUGAAUAUGCCCGAUUACGAGGGAUUCGGAUCGUGCCAGAAUUUGAUAGCCCUGGACAUACACAGUCUUGGGGAGAAGGCCAGAAAGACCUCCUGACUCCAUGUUAUAAUGGAAAAGAGCCAUCUGGGGCUUUUGGACCUAUAAACCCUAUUUGGAAUACAACUUACAGCUUCCUGUCUAAAUUUUUCAAAGAAAUUAGUACCGUGUUUCCAGAUGAAUUCAUUCAUUUGGGAGGAGAUGAAGUAGAUUUUGACUGUUGGGCAUCCAAUCCAGAAAUCCAGGAUUUCAUGAGGGACAAAGGCUUUGGCAGAGAUUUUAAGAAACUAGAAUCUUUCUAUAUGCAAGCGGUUUUGGAUAUGAUUUCGGCCAUAAACAAGAACUCCAUAGUCUGGCAAGAAGUUUUUGAUGAUGCAAGCAAGAAUUUGCAAGUCCAGCUGCUAGUAUUAUCUUUCCAGAGGGGUUGGUGGCAUCCUCAGAGUUCCAAACUCAUGCCAGGCCCAGUAAUUCAAGUGUGGAAAGUGGAGGACUAUACUCAGGAACAAAGUAAAGUUACAGAAGCUGGCUUUCCUGUGAUCCUUUCUGCUCCUUGGUACUUAGACUGGAUCAGUUAUGGACAAGACUGGAAACAUUACUAUGCCGUGGAUCCUCUUAGUUUUGAGGGUUCUCAGGAACAGAAAAAACUUGUCAUUGGUGGAGAAGCUUGUCUAUGGGGAGAGUAUGUGGAUGCAACCAACCUUUCUCCAAGAUUAUGGCCUCGGGCAAGUGCUGUUGGUGAGAGGCUCUGGAGUCACAAAGACGUCAGAGGCCUAGAGGAUGCCUACAGGAGACUAACAAUUCACCGCUGCAGAAUGCUCAGACACUCCUGUCUGCUCUUCCCUCUUUCCGUUGAUGGCAUCACUACUCUUCAGUUCACCAAGACAUGCAUCUUUGAUUUCCCUUUUUCCACAAGUAAACUGUAAGAUUUCCACUCCUAUUGCUGGUAUCCUGGUUCAGACCUAGUCCAUUCCUUCCCUACUCCAGUCCCUUCUGUAUUCUAAUGAUUAUACUGCUCUCUUCAAAAACUUUAAAUUAUUCACCACUGUUCUCAAAACAAAUCUCAAACUUCUAGAUGUAGUUUUUAAAGGUUUCUCUACAGUCUGACUCUAUUUUACUUUUCCAACCCUAAUUUCACUACUCCCCUGCCUUCUUUCAUCUCCCCUUGUCUGGAAUGCUGCCCACUGUGCCCAAAUCUUCCAAAACAUCACAGCGCAACAAUUAAUGAAACCAUGUACCGGCCCCUGUUGUGUUUUGAAAUAAAAUGCUGACUCGAGAGUUAAUGACUGGGACAUGUGAAGAUGCAGAAACAAAGAACAGCUGUUGGGCUAGGGAACUGGUAACAAUUUAGACUGUAAUGCUGCCACAUGGCAGAAUCACCGAACUCCCAGUUCCCUGGAAGGUAUAAAGGCCUGACACACAUUCCUAAGUUGUUUGUACAGGAAGCAGACCCCUGCCAGAGGAAAACUGCUGACCACAAGCACAUAGACCCUAGACUGGUUGAAACCAGAAGGCUGACUGAUGAUGCUUGAAACUUCACCUUGAUGCCAACCAAUCCCAGAAUUGUCCACGAGCUGAUCACACCCUGCUCCUUAAACACUAUAAAACUCCUCCUAACCCCUCCAGGGUGGAUCACACAGUCUUGAGGGCAUUAGCCCUCUGUGGCCCCCUUUGCCUGGCAAAGCAAUAAAGGCUACUCUUCUCUACUUCACCCAAAACUGUCUCCGCAUUUUGUUCGGCACCAGCGAAGAGGCAGAGUUUCGGCAACAUAAGCUUCUUUCCAAGAACCCUGCCCCAAUUCCCCACGUCUCAGCUUUUAUGGACCUCAGUCCAUUCUAUCUAAUAUUCUGGUUAUUUGGCUAUUUAUCUCCCUUCUAAAUCAUAGGCUCCUUUAGGUCAAGAAAAACGUAUGCAUCCUAUUUGUGCCCCUCAGUGCCCAGUGCACUACAAGCACACCACCAAUGGCUCAAUAAAUAUAUGAAGCAUCAUUAACUUCUCAUAGCAGAGAGAAGGAGCUUCCCCACUAGAUGAAGUUUAAAAAGGGCCAGAGUAUUUCCAUUAGUAGUAUUUAAAGUAAUGAAUUAAAACAAAAGAUUAAGUGUAAGCCCCGUAAAGUUAAUUCUUGUUCUCUACUAUGAUCUUAAUAAAAAGGGUAACCAAGGCAUAUUAGAUUUUGAAGGACUGGCGCCCAUAUUCUGGGGCUUGGGGUUAAUUAAGAAACAUUAUAUCAUCUUAUAGGUUACCAUUAUUUCAAAACUAAAACCAAUGUCAGGAAAAACUAAGAAUUACUGGAAGGUAAAUGUUCUCAACAAUUUAGUCAUGACCACUUUACAGGUAAUAUUUC